GUGGACUUGGUGAUGUUGCUGGGUCAUUACCAAAAGCUUUGGCACGGCGUGGGCAUAGAGUGUUAUGCAUACUCUGCUUACUUUUUGGUGUUUGUUCCUGGUUUUGCCUUUGGUUAUUUCAUCUUCCCAAAACAUGUUGUGGUUCCUCGUUACGGUAAUUAUACUGAACCCCAAGAUACAGGAGUACUAAGAAGGUACAAAGUAGAUGGUCAGGAUAUGGAAGUAAGAUAUUUCCAGACAUAUAUUGAUGGUGUAGACUUUGUGUUUAUUGACAGUCCUAAGUUUCGCCAUUUAGAGAAUAACAUCUAUGGAGGAAACCGACUGGAUAUUCUAAAGCGCAUGGUGCUGUUUUGCAAGGCAGCAGUUGAGGUUCCUUGGUAUGUUCCAUGGUGGUGGUAUUGCUAUGGAGAUGGAAAUUUGGUCUUCAUAGCAAAUGAUUGGCAUACUGCGUUGCUGCCAGUUUAUCUGAAGGCAUGUUAUCGUGACCAUGGUUUGAUGAAGUAUACAAGAUCUGUACUUGUGAUUCAUAACAUAGCCCACCAGGGUCGGGGUCCAGUUGAUGAUUUCUCGUAUGUGGAUUUACCUGAACACUACAUAGACCUCUUUAAAUUGUACGAUCCCGUUGGUGGUGAUCACUUCAAUAUCUUUGCAGCUGGUUUAAAGAGUGCUGACCGUGUGGUUACUGUUAGUCAUGGAUAUGCAUGGGAGCUUAAAACUUGAGGUGGCUGGGGUUUGCAUGAUAUAAUAAAUGAGAAUGACUGGAAGUUGAGAGGCAUAGUGAAUGGAAUUGAUAACAAAGAUUGGAAUCCUCAGUUCGAUGUUCAUUUGAAAUCUGAUGGCUACACCAACUACUCCAUCGAGACGUUCCAGACAGGCAAGCCUCAGUGCAAAGCCGCCUUGCAAAAGGAGCUUGGUUUGCCUGUUCGUGAGGACAUCCCAGUAAUUUGCUUCAUUGGCAGAUUAGAUCACCAGAAAGGGGUUGAUCUCAUAGCUGAAGCAGUCCACUGGAUGGUGGGCCAGAAUGUUCAAUUGAUCAUGUUGGGCACUGGGAGGCCUGACCUAGAACAAAUGCUUAGGCAAUUCGAAUCCCAGCAUCAUGACAAAGUUAGGGGAUGGGUUGGCUUUUCCGUGAAGAUGGCUCACAGGAUAACUGCAGGUGCAGACAUAUUGCUCAUGCCUUCGAGAUUUGAGCCAUGCGGUUUGAACCAACUAUAUGCUAUGAAUUACGGAACAGUUCCUGUCGUGCAUGCUGUUGGUGGACUGAGAGAUACUGUGCAGCCUUUUGAUCCAUUUAAUGAGACAGGCCUUGGAUGGACAUUUGAUAGAGCAGAAACAAACAAGUUGAUAAAUGCAUUAGGGAACUGCCUGUUGACCUACAGGGAGUACAAAAAGAGCUGGGAAGGACUUCAGAGACGGGGCAUGAUCCAGGAUCUUAGUUGGGACAACAACUGCGCUCAGCAGUAUGAGGAUGUCGCUGUUGCUGCCAAAUACCAAUGGUGAACCUUCAGCUUCAGCGUCUGUGUUCACUAAUUGUAAUCUUUGCAUCCUUCGUCUUGGCAAGUAAUCAAUGAGGAGUCCAAUCAUGCUUGAGUGGUUUUAGGGUUGCGAUUCUGUCAAAUUAGUUUAACUGACAAGUUUCGAGGUAAAUACGUCUGAAGAAUUUCUCCAAUCAGUUGCCGUUACAGCCUUCAGGAUGCCAUUCCCGAACGCCAAAAUUUUCUGCUGUAACUCAUAAUGAAACACAGGUCUCCGUUUAUACCUCGUCACGACACUUUUUAGUGAUUUCAUCAAGUUCAUUUUUCGCUGUGUUA